AUGUCUCCCGUUGCUGUAUUGAAGGACCAAAAGGCGCGCGCCUGCCUUACAAGCGGGCAGAACCCGGCAAAAAUCCCGCUGGGACAAUACUUUUUCCAAAGAUUGGUGUCGUGCGGCGCCAGAAGCGUGUUCGGAGUUCCCGGAGACUUCAAUUUGAGUUUGUUGGAGCACAUGUACGCGCCAGAGGUGGUGGAUCAAGGACUCAACUGGAUUGGAACCUGCAAUGAGCUGAACGCGGCGUAUGCAGCUGACGGGUACUCACGCUACUCCAACACUAUCGGAUGCGUGGUCACCACUUUCGGAGUGGGCGAGCUUUCGGCACUGAACGGCAUCGCAGGCGCUUUUGCAGAAAACGUCAAAGUUCUGCACGUCGUGGGUGUGACGCCAUCGCUUUUUCACCAGAAUCCCACACACGCUUCCCAGAACGUGCACCACCUUGUUCCCGCAAUGUCGUGCUCCAACUUCGAGCCACCGAACCACCGUGUGUACUACGAUAUGGUCAAUGCACGGGUCUCGUGUUCUAGCGCAUUCUUGGACAAUAUUGACACGGCAUGCGACCAGAUUGACAAUGUAAUCACCGAAAUUUAUCGUCGCAGCCAACCGGGUUAUAUUUUCAUACCUGCAGAUUUCCCAGACAUGCUGGUUUCGUGCGAGAAUCUUAAUAAUCGUCCAUUAAUCUCACUACAGGAAGUGAUUUCUAAUAUACCCACUGAUGACGCGGAUACUACCAGGUGCACAGAUCUCAUUCUAGAGCAGCUUUACAAAAGUAAAAAGCCGGCUGUAAUAGCCGAUAUGCUAUGUGACCGCUAUGGAUUAAAUUCGUCGUUGCGCAACUUUGUUGAAAAAGCCCAGCUCUGGAACUUUAGUUCUGCCAUGGGUAGAUCAAUAUUGAAUGAGGCUUCCCCCAACUUCAAAGGCUGCUACAAUGGGCUUGAAAGCAAUGAACAGGCCAUAAGUGACAUUCAGCAAUGCGAUUUAAUUUUGCACUGGGGUGCGGUGAAAAAUGAAAUGAAUACUGGUCAUUAUUCUUAUCAAUUUGGGUCUAAUACCCAGCUUGUGGAACUGCAUCCGAACUACAUUCGGUUUGUCAAUGGCAAACAAAGCGGUAAACAUUUGAUGUUCAAUGGAACGUAUUUUGGUGAAAUAUUAGAUCGAGUUAGCGCAGGUCUGGAUAUCACAAAAUUAAACUUUGAAUAUCCUGAAACCCAGUCACCAUCAAUGGAAAGGUACAAUCCUGAUCCUCGUUCACCUAUCACUCAACUCUACUUGCAGCAAACAUUCCCAGAUAUCAUGAAGCCGGGCGACGUGUUAAUUGUAGAGACAGGCUCCUUUCAGUUUGGCGUUCGUGACUAUGUUUUCCCAUCAAAUUUGAAAUACAUCUCUCAAAGCUUUUAUCUCUCUAUUGGAAUGGCACUACCUUGUGCACUUGGAGUCGGAAUUGGCAUGCAAGAUUACCCGCUCGACCACAUUUACACUGAGCAAGUUGGUAAUUUAGAGGCCUGCCCUCCUAGAUUGAUCUUAUGCGAAGGAGAUGGGGCAGCCCAGAUGACUAUACAAGAAUUGACAUCUUUCUUGCGCUAUAAGGUUCCACUUGAGCUCUUUGUUUGGAACAACAAAGGUUACACCGUUGAAAGAGCCAUAAAAGGACCAACAAGGCCAUAUAACGAUAUUAUGAUGUGGAAGUGGACGAAGCUAUUAGAGGUGUUGGGCGAUUUUGAAGAGAAACAAACAUUUAGCCGGAGAUUUGAAACAAUUGAGAACCUCUCAGAAUUUUUUGAAUUGUUUCAAUCCCCUCACAAUAAGCUCAUUAGAUUAGUUGAGGUAGUGCUUGAUGUUAUGGAUUUUCCUGAACAACUGAAAGUCAUGGCAGCUGCCUGUCAGCACUAA